AUGGACGGUGACGAGCUUAUUGCCUCGGUCUACCGCAAGAUCGAGCGGGAGAAGGCCCUGAUCACCGCCGCCACUAAUAUGCGGCAGUCGACCGACAACCAUCUAGUUCAACAACGAGUCGACGCCAACAUCCGCGAUGGCCGUAAAAAUAUUGCUUAUCUUGAGGAGAAGAUGCGCGAGCUUCAGGUUCGUCAGAUGGAACAGCAAGGUGGUGGCUCCCCCGGUCAGCGUCAGGGUCCUGGACCCACGCCGCCCCCCAAAGACUCCUCGGGAUACUUUGGAGGUGAGGGCGAUGACCAGAACUACCCUCAAAGUGGUGCUGGAUCGAUGCCAUCCGGUGCACCAUUCCCAGACCCGCGACCGUAUGCUCCGAUUCCUAAGGCGCGUCCCAAUUACACAAAGCUUGAUCUAAUCAAAUAUGACACCCAAUACCUCGGUCCGAAGAUUCAGCUUAUGCUGUCCCAACUUGAAUUCAAAUUGAGCGUGGAAAAACAAUACAAGGCUGGAAUUGAGAAGAUGGUCCGCUUGUACCAGGAUGAGGGCGACCGAAAGAGUCGCGCAGAUGCUGAAGGCCGUCGCAUUGAAAGUAACCAGAAGAUCCAGCUAUUGAAGCAGGCUUUGAAGCGAUACGAGGACCUUCACAUCGAUAUUGAGUCCUCGGAUACCCCAGAUGAUGAGAGUCUUAGCAGUCCUAAUAUGCGCAAGCCGUUGACCGGUCUUCUAACUAUGCGUAUUCAAGCCGUGAAGGAUGUGGAUCAUGCAACCAGCUCCCGAUUCUCUCGUGGACCUGAGACAUACAUCAUUGUUAAGGUUGAGGAUACGAUCAAAGCACGAACUAAGGCGACUCGUAAUGAUAAGUGGUUGGACGAAUCAUUCUCAAUUGAUAUUGAUAAGGCGAACGAGAUUGAACUUACUGUUUAUGAUAAGUCUGGAGACCGUCCAACUCCUAUUGGUAUGCUAUGGGUUCGCAUUUCCGACAUUGCGGAAGAGAUGCGUCGCAAGAGGAUUGAGACAGAACUCAACGCUUCUGGAUGGGUUUCCGCUGAUAAGAUGGGCGAUUCGGGCACUCCUCGGUCUGAUCACCACCCCGGCUCCCCAGGAUCAUCUCAUGGUGGGGGCGCUGGUAGCGGCAACUUUGGAGGUAUGGCACCUAUGGGACAGCAAUCGGGAGAAAACCCCAAUGCACCCCCAUCUGUUAUGAUUGAUUCAUGGUUUGCUUUGGAACCAUUUGGUCGCAUUCAUCUCUCAAUGAGUUUCGCCAAGCAACUGAAGGAUCGCCGUCCAUUCGACAUUGGUCUCAACCGUCAAGGUGCCGUGCGUCAGAAGAAAGAGGACAUUCACGAGAAGCAGGGCCACAAGUUUGUUACCCAGCAAUUUUACAACAUCAUGCGUUGUGCGCUGUGUGGAGAAUUCCUCAAGUAUGCCGCGGGUAUGCAGUGUGCUGAUUGCAAGUACACUUGCCACCGCAAAUGUUACUCUAAGGUCGUCACCAAGUGUAUCAGUAAGGCCAAUUACGAAACCGACCCAGACGAGGAGAAGAUCAACCACCGUAUUCCCCACCGUUUCGAGGGAUUUUCCAACAUCUCAGCAAAUUGGUGCUGUCAUUGCGGCUACCUGCUUCCUUUCGGUCGUAAAAAUGCUAAGCGAUGUACUGAAUGUUCUAUGACUUGUCAUGCUCAUUGCACCCAUCUCGUUCCUGACUUCUGUGGAAUGUCGUCGGAGACGGCGAAUGAAAUUAUUUUGGCCUUGAGUCAGACAAAGAUUCAUAAUAAAACAACAUCUGUCAGUACCGGCUUCAGACAUCACACCCUCCGGUCUGGCGGCAAUAUGCCUAGGCCUUUCCCGAGCACCUCCAAUCUUCACUCUUCUGACCCUUCAAUCCCUGCGCGUCCCUAUGACGCGAUGUCCCGACAACACUCAGCAGAAGCGAUGAGCGCUGCGACUAACUCUUUUCUUUCACAACAGUCACCAACGGUACUUCCACAGGCUGCCCAACGCCAACCUCCUACGCCCAAAUCUUCAUCGUCCACCUCACCGCCCCCCUCAGCGGCCGCGGCCGCCGCGGCUGCCGCUGCAACUGGGCUUCGCAGCCCUCAGCAGACUCCAACUGAAAUGAGCCGACCUCCUGUGGCACCCCAACAACUUCCUCCCCCUCAACAUGCUCCUUACAACCCAGGUGCAUACGCUCAAGUCUCCCAAAAGCCCCCGCCCCAGUCUCAACUUAUGCAACAAAACAUAGCUACUGCACCCCCUGGGUACGGAAUGCCCCCACCCCAGAAACAAGCCAUGCCGCCCAUGCAGCCCCUGGCGCCAGUACCGCAGCAGCAAGUUGCACCCCCUGUCAAGCCGCAAGAGGAGAUGCCUCCGCCUGCGUCACGGCCUCGCAUUGGAUUGGAUCACUUCAAUUUCUUGGCUGUUCUCGGAAAGGGUAACUUCGGUAAGGUCAUGCUGGCUGAGACUAAGAAUACCCGAAAGCUUUACGCCAUCAAGGUAUUGAAGAAGGAGUUCAUUAUUGAGAACGAUGAAGUCGAGAGUACCAAGUCUGAAAAGCGGGUGUUCUUGAUUGCUAACAAGGAGAGACAUCCUUUCUUAUUGAACUUGCACGCUUGUUUCCAGACCGAAACUCGUGUCUACUUCGUCAUGGAAUAUAUCAGUGGUGGUGAUUUGAUGCUGCAUAUUCAGCGUGGCCAAUUUGGCUUAAAGCGAGCACAGUUCUAUGCCGCCGAGGUCUGCUUGGCUCUCAAGUAUUUCCAUGAGAACGGCGUUAUUUACCGUGAUCUGAAGCUCGACAACAUUCUCUUGACACUUGAUGGCCACAUCAAGAUUGCCGAUUACGGUCUUUGCAAGGAGAACAUGUGGUAUGGCUGCACUACGAGCACUUUCUGUGGUACUCCUGAGUUCAUGGCCCCCGAGAUUCUGCUUGACAAGAAGUACGGACGAGCUGUCGAUUGGUGGGCCUUCGGUGUUCUGAUCUACCAAAUGCUCCUCCAGCAGUCACCAUUCCGUGGUGAGGAUGAAGAUGAAAUCUACGACGCCAUUCUUGCCGACGAGCCUCUUUACCCUAUUCACAUGCCUCGUGACUCUGUUUCCAUUCUCCAGAAACUCCUUACUCGUGAGCCCGAACUCCGACUGGGCUCUGGCCCCACAGAUGCUCAGGAGGUUAUGUCGCAUGCAUUCUUCCGCAACAUCAAUUGGGAUGACAUAUAUCACAAGCGUGGCCCACCACCGAUGCUCCCCACUAUUAGCAGUCCUACUGAUACUAGUAACUUCGACCAAGAGUUCACUAGCGUGACUCCUGUCUUGACCCCCGUGCAAUCCGUGCUUUCACAAGCUAUGCAAGAAGAAUUCCGCGGCUUCUCAUACACUGCUGACUUCGCUUGA